CUGUGAUUGCAAUGCAAAUGGCGCAGCGAAACGAAAGUUGACCAAGUUGUGUUGUGAUUCUUUUAUUUGCAUAAGUUGCUAAAUUUCAACAAUAAUAAUGUCUUCAGACACGGCUCAAGUCAGCUCCUUACCCUUGCCCCCAAAGCAAUACAUAAACUUUUAUACAGAUGAAAAUGUACGACGAAAUAGAGCACCUUUACCACCACGUCCGAUUCAUGAUACAUAUUCCAUGUUUGGAAAUACAUUCAACGCCGAUGAUACUAUUAUUCGAUCAUUAGAGAGUCAGGGCUUUCGUAGAUUAUAUCCUAUGCAUUUUGAAAGAAGACGUGAACUGAAGAAACUAAACCAUUCACUAUUGGUGAAUUUCCUGGAUUUGCUUGAUUUACUGGUGCACUGCCCAGACUCACCUAAAAGAGCUGAGAAAGUUGAAGAUCUUAGUUUGUUAUUUAUACACAUACAUCAUCUUCUCAACGAAUUCAGGCCUCAUCAGGCAAGAGAAACAUUGAGAGUCAUGAUGGAAUUGCAGAAACGCCAAAGAGUUGAAACUGCCAUGAGGUUCCAAAAACAUCUUGAAAAAGUUCAGGAUAUCUUGCAAGGGGCACUACAACAUUUGCCAGAUCAAAAUGAGAUAGAUUCAAAGUUUCUAGUUCCUACUGAAAUACUAGAACACAUGGACACCAGUCAGAGUGAAAGUGCUAAUGCUGAUCCCUGCUAUGAACUGGAUCGGAUCAUGUGUAAUGUUAUUGAUAAUAUGAGAUGAAAUAUUUAACUAAUAAGAUUAAUGUCCUAAGAAUUUUAUUUAAUUUUUGUGCUAGUAAAAUUAUAUUUAACCUGAUUUAAA